GAGAGAGAGAGAGACAGAGAGAGACAGAGAGAGACAGAGCGAAAGAGGCAGGCAGGUUGCUGAUAGACUGACCACCCUGUCAACCAGGUGGAGUUAGGAGCAGUCAGGCUGGAAUUAAGACAAUGACACAGUUGUAUUUGUGUUGCUGAGUGUAGGACUGGAUUUCACCUGAUCAUUUCACAGACGGAGAGGGAACCUCUGCCCUGUGGACUCCCACUAGCACCAGACUUGACAGAGUGGAAUUUCCCUCCUCUUCCCUGGCUGGAGCCAGGGGCAGAUGGUCGCACAGAGAGUCUAAGCAGAACUCAGGAAGUGAGAGGAAGGGAGGGAGGAGGUCCGGAGAGGGAGAGGAAGACAAACGAGUAGUGGACAGAAGAGGAGACAUGCUUCGCUACGGUGCAGGACGAACUGUUUCCACCACCACCAGAACAGAGGACUCUCCAAAGCCUUCAAGUGAGAGGAGGAUCCUCAGGUUAACUCUACAAGCAGGAGAUAAUGGACUCAAGGAGCCAACAACCACAAACUCAGACACAGCUGAGAAAGAGAAGGAUGUCAAUUGGGCGUGGAAGAAGAAGAAUGGGCUGAUCCAGAGAGAGAGGCCGGCUGGCAGGGAGUCACCUCAGCAGCACCUCAGAGACAUGGCCAAUGGGGCUCCAGAGACCGCGCAGGAGAAUCAAGGGCCCAAAGUGUACGGCGUAGUGCAGACGGGUUCGGACAGUCAGCAGCAGGUGAUGGCGCGAGAGUGGACGGUCACUCACCUUCAGGAUGAGAUGAAGUACAUCAGGGAGGUGAGAGAUUCGUUGGAGAAGGUGAGAGAGCGGAUGUACGGGCAGUUUGGAGGAAUGCAGCAAUCAAUGCAAAAGCUUUCACAGGAAAUCAGGGCUGCCAAUUCACAUCAGAGGAGUCUGGAGUCAGAGGUGAGGGUCCGGACGACAGCCAUGGAGAGCUUCGAUCAGAUGAACAGCUCCCUUAUAACUGCUAACAUCGGCCUGCAGAAAUCUCUUCUAGAGAACUGUCAGCAAAGAGUAGACACGAGAGACGAGGUGAAAAGUUUGCAGAGCACCUGUGACAAAACAAAAGAAAAACUCAGAGACAAGGAGAAAGAGCUGGCAGCCACGCAGAUUGAAAACCAGACUCUGAGACUGCAGGUGGAGUCUGCACGGGAGGCCAACAGUCAGGCGCUGCAGGAGCUCUCAGCAAAGCUACAGCAGGAGUACGAGGAGAAGCUGCAGGAGGAGCAGCGGAAACACAGGGAGGAGGUUGAAGGCCUACAGGCUCAACUCGAUGAGUACAUCAGGCGACUGGAGGAAGCAGAGAGAAACAUUAGAAUUGCAGAGGCCAAGAUUGCUGAGAGAGACCAGAGGAUCCUUGAAGUGGAGCGCCUACUGGACUGUAUGGGAAACGUAAGGCAAAAUUUUAACAUGACAAAGAUACUACACUUCUUGCAGAUAUUCAAAAUUGACAAUGAAAACAUAUUUUCACAGGAAAAGAGUCAACUCAGCAAGAAGCUGCAGGAAUGUGAACAGCGUCUCCGCUUGAUGGAGCUGACAGACACAACUGAUUCAACUGUUGUCAAAAGGUCCAAAGAGCUGCAAUCUGAAUCUGCGGAUCUCCGUGAAAGAAUCAAACACUUGAACGACAUGGUGUUCUGCCAGCAGAGAAAAGUCAAAGGAAUGAUCGAGGAGGUUCAAACACUGCGAGGUCAAGUUGCUCAGAAGGACAUGUUCAUCUCAGAGCUUCUGGACAGAAUCGCAAUAGUGGAGUGUGAGAAUAAUGAAUUAGAAGACAAGCUGAAGUAUUUUAUGUCCACACAGAAUAGACCACGAGAGGUUUUGGAAACCAGGGAGAUUGCAGUAGGCUGCGAUCUGCUCCCCAGACGUGAAGCAAAAAGGCAUGAUGUUGAACCUCCUGUUUCAUAUGAACCAACUCAUCUCCAUCCCAUUCAACACUCUCCACCUGUUCAACCACCACCAACAGUGAAACCUCCAUCACCUGCUCUACCUUCAUCAACGACUCAACCUCUAUCACCUACUCUACCUGUAAUACCCACUCUACCUUCAUCCCCAACACAACCUCUAUCACCCACUCUACCUGUAUUACCCACUCUACCUUCAUCCCAAACACAACCUCUAUCACCCCUACCUGUAUUACCCACUCUACCUUCACCCCCAACACAACCUCUAUCACCCCUACCUGUAUUACCCACUCUACCUUCAUCCCCAACACAACCUCUAUCACCCCUACCUGUAUUACCCACUCUACCUUCAUCCCCAACACAACCUCUAUCACCCACUCUACCUCCAUCCCCAGUACAACCUCAGUUCCCAACACAACCUUCAUCCCCUACAUCUCCCCUUCAAUAUCCAGUCCACUACCUAACAACGUCCACCCGACCAAGGACGUUCACGGCUAAUUACCCUCCACCAAGCAGGCUGGAGUCCAGUUUACUGAUGUACACUCCUGGCCAGUACAGCCGUUUCCUGCAGCACAACCCCUCAGUAUCGAGUGGGAUGUUCCCCGACACCCGUCCGUCUGAGUCUGAGCCUCCUGUGAGUCCAGUCCAAUCAGGCAGAGAUGAGGUCGACGCAGAAACAAACACAGACACACGACCAAGUCCUGAGGAAUCCUCUUCUUCUCUGCUCUCUUCUCGACCAAGAUCAAGAACCCCUCAAGUUGAUACACCGUUCAUGAAACUUCUGGAAAUAACGGAAAAGAUAAACAUAGAGUGAUCUUGAAGUAAUAGUUCGACAUUUUGGGAAAUUAAAUUAUUCACUUUCUUGCAAAGAGUUGAAUAAGAAGGCUGAUACCACUAACAUUUUGGAAUGUAACUGCAAAACUACAGCCAGCAGCUGGUUAGCUUAGCUUAGCAUAAAGACUGAAAACAGGAGGAAAGAGCUAGCCUGCAGGUGUUGUUCAAAAGUAACAAAGUGAAAUUCACUAUCAGUCUGACCUAUUGCAUCGAAGCAUCUAAGAAGCAGCUUGUUGACGUAUUUUUGGGUCCUAAACCGUUUUGUCUGGAAAGAUAAGGGUUUGGUGACAUUAUAAAAAGCAGCUUGCUGCUCUUCAAUGUCAACAAAUCUGAGAACUCACAUGCUAGCUGCAACCCAAGUGGCCGUGGAGGCAUCAGGAAUGAGUGGAUCUGCAGUGCAACCUUGUUCACUUUUCACUACUUUUCACCACACAUCCUCAGAACCCUCGUCAGAAGCUCGUAAAAAGACAGAUAAGAAAGCACGGUUUCAUACAAGGAUAUGCAACCCAAUGGCAUUGUUUCGGGUCAAGAUUGUCAGAAUAAUGACAGAGCUGAAGUUCCAAGUCUCACAAGACACAUAGUGGGGAUGCAUUACACGAUACACGAAUACACGAAGUGGCUCAAACUUGACUUUUUGAAAAAAACUGACGGUCCUACUUCCUAAAGCUGGUGCGGAAGGGUAACUGAAGUGCGUCGCCAAUUCUCCAUUUUACAGGGGUUAUGGGAGCGACUGUGGAGACUUGAGUCAAGAAAUAGUCCGGUCCAGAAACACCCAUCAAAUGGAAAAUUGACAUUGUUACACUUUUACACGUGCUGGUAGAUUCAUUUUGAUACAAGUUUCCAGUCUUUAUGCUCAGCUAAACAAUAUGUAGAUGCAGUUAUCUUAGCAUUAAGCUAAUCUGUACAUCAUGACUGUACAGUUCUGUGUUUCUGUGGUAAAAGCUAAGCUAAGUGCAGUCACAUAUUUACCGUAGUCAGUGGUAUUGAUCCUUUCCUCUAAAGAAAUCAAAGAAGCGUGAUCCCUAAAAUGUUGAACGAAUCCUUUAAACUCACUUGUCUUUACUCUUAUUUUUAUUGUGAGUUAUGUUUUUCGGAAUCACCAUUCAUGACUCAUAUGCAUAUUAGUUCUAACACUAUCUCAUAUGUUUGAGUCUGGUUGGUGGUGUAAAAGGUCUUAUGAAGGUUUUCAGCCUAUGUUUUAACGUAGCAAUAUUAAUGAAAAUAAAAUGUUGCUUGCUGUAGGGUGUAAAUAAUUUGAUGCUCUGUAUAGAUAUUUUGUAAGUAAUGUACUGUAAGAUUUUAUUUGUUUUGUUUACACUGAAUGUAGCCUACUGGUGUUGCUCACAGAGCUAUGAGCAUUCAGUCUUAUAUGAAGGUUGAUACAGUUAUUAUGUCUAUAUUCAUAUCAUUUUAUAUUGGCACUGUACAAAUUGAAUGAAUAUUAUUCAGUUUUUGUCCCAUUAUGUACAACAUAUUUAUUAACAUGCUUUGUGCCUUUGUGAACAGCCUACUAUCUGAUACUGGGGGUGGGAUGAAUAUCUUUGAAUUGGCAACAGGGUAAUAUAGUAAUAUAAGGUUGUUCAAGACUGUUCAAUCACUUUACAGAUAUUGACCUUAUUUAGGUGACUGCCAUUCCUGAGCCACAGGCACAAGUAUUAUCCAGCUGGUAUCUGCACUGCCACAACUGUGUUUGAAAAAGCUUUAUGAUGUGCUUUUUCCUCAACGAUACAUAUCAUACUGCGACUAAUGAUAAGAGGCCAGCAUAUGUUUGGAUAAUAAAGACUUUGCUGUAUAAGUACCAGACAUCCUGAUUGUGUCAGCACUUUCAUACUGUGCAACCUCAUACAUUUUUAAAGCCUGAAGCUUACAGUAUAUACGUACGUCUGACUACUUAAUUUUUCAUCGAUUCGGAUCACUCUGUCUGAAUUUAUCUCGUUAGAAACACAAAAGAAGCUUUAAGAAAUGUUUUGUAUAUUUCAUCCAUUUGUAAUGAUUCAAUUUCACAUUUAAUGUCAUGCAUGAACACUGAACUCCAGAUAACCUUUAUGCAAAUAUGCAAAACCUCAGUGACUACAUUUUAGGAACUGUCUGUUCUGUAUAGUUGGCAGAUUUCAGAUACUUUACUCUAAAUGAUAUACA